UUGAGUUGACAGCACACUGUCAACGAUAAUGUGAAUCAGAUCUUGUUUUCACUCGCGUCCGUAUGAGGGAGAUGGAUUAUUUGGAAAUUUAAACUUUUCUGUGUGUAGUUUAGGGGUGUUAAAUAACAAUCCACACACGUUAAUCGUAAAAAUGGUGCUUUGUUAUCAAGUCAUAUGUGUUAUAAAUAAUCAUAACCGGUGUAGAAACCUGUAAAAUGGCCACUGUAGCAGAGGAUGGAAUUGAACUGGCGGAGCCAUCGAUAAGCCAGCAGAAUGGGGAGAAAAAGAAAGCGGUUUUCGGACCUGAAUAUGAGGGAGAAGGUAAAGAUGGAGAAGCUGUUGCCGGAACAUCGGGAGCUGAGCCUCCAUCGGAGGUUGCCGGUACGAGCAGUUCCAAACCUUCCAUUGGAAUUAGCCGACAUAAAUCAGAAAGAGAGAGAAAAAUCGGACACAGGCGUGUUGGUGUUGGUGGAGAAAUUACAUACAAAAAGAUACAAACAACCCAGAUCAUGGGGUCUAUCCAACUUGGAAUUCAGCACGCAGUUGGUGGUUUGGCAUCUAAACCAGAACGAGACUUACUAAUGCAGGAUUUUAUGACUGUAGAAACUACAAAUUUUCCAUCGGAGGGAUCGAAUCACACCCCUGCUCAUCAUUAUUCUGAAUUCAGAUUUCGUACAUACGCACCAAUAGCAUUUAGAUAUUUUCGAGACUUAUUUGGCAUUCAACCGGAUGAUUUUUUGAUAUCAAUGUGCAGUGCCCCUCUGCGGGAGUUGUCCAAUCCAGGAGCAAGUGGGAGUAUCUUCUAUCUCACUGAAGAUGAUGAAUUUAUAAUUAAAACUGUGCAACAUAAAGAAGGCGAAUUUCUUCAGAAAUUACUUCCCGGCUACUACAUGAACUUAAAUCAGAAUCCUCGGACCCUAUUACCAAAAUUUUUUGGUCUUUAUUGUUAUCAGUGUAAUUCUAAAAAUGUCAGACUAAUAGUUAUGAACAACCUGCUCCCUUCAUCUAUUAAACUUCACCAAAAGUAUGACUUAAAAGGCUCAACGUACAAAAGAAAAGCAUCUAAAAGUGAAAGACAGAAGAGUUCACCAACAUUUAAGGAUUUAGAUUUUAUGGAACAUCACCCUGAGGGGAUAGGACUCGAAGCAGAUACAUAUGCAGCCCUUGUUAAGACAAUUCAGAGGGAUUGUAGAGUGCUGGAAAGUUUUAAAAUAAUGGAUUAUAGUUUGUUGGUUGGCAUACAUAACUUGGAUCAGGCAGCAAAGGAGAAGGCGGAGAGAAAAGAGGAGGAAAGGAAGGAGCAAGAAGGGGCUGCACAUGGAAGCAAAGCUUCAGCUCAUGAGAAGGGAUCUAACAGUGAUGGCCCAGGCAGCCCUGCAGCUGCAUUUAUUGAAAAAGAGAGGGAGGCUGCAUCAGCAACAAUUUUACAUCGGACGCGCUCUAUUAACAGGCAAAGGCUCGUUGCUCACUCCACAGCAAUGGAAAGUAUUCAGGCAGAAAGUGAGCCAAUAGAUGAGGAAGAUGAUGUCCCACCAGGUGGGAUUCCUGCCAGAAAUGCUCGUGGUGAACGUCUCCUACUGUUUAUUGGCAUCAUUGAUAUUCUGCAGAGUUAUCGAUUAAAGAAGAAGUUAGAACAUACUUGGAAAGCUAUGAUACAUGAUGGGGACACCGUUUCGGUGCAUAGGCCAGCCUUUUAUGCAGAAAGGUUUCAAGGCUUUAUGGCGAAGACAGUGUUCAAGAAAAUACCAUCCCUGGAUUUGCCGGAAAUUAAAGGCAAUCAUCGCAAGUUUCGUACGUUGGUUACCAGCUACAUAGCACUGAAACAUUCUCCUUCUAAACGCAAGAGUAUCUCUCGACCAUUACGUUCUCAGGAUGAACACGGAGAAUCCAGUGGUAUGAGUCACGCCCCACUGCCCUGUUCUUCCACUCCUCCCCCAGCCUUUGAGGAUGCCCUGCGUGGAGAAUUGGUGGAUUCUGGUACUGCUGUUACUCGUCAUCGCUUGGGGCCACAGCAUGUAGUUCGUUUACAUAGAGAUUCAGAAACUGCCAGCAGCAUUUCCGAAGUGCGCCUCGAAUGUCGAGUAGAGACAAAAUCAUCAUCAUUGAGUGUAGAGUCAACAUCAUCGACGUCAGGCUUUGGCUCUGGUGCUACAGGAAGAAAUCUGACAUGGACCCCACCUGCAUCAGUUGAAGGAAGCACACCAACAUGGACUGAAGGGACACCAUCUUUCACAGAAUCUUCGAGCAGUGGAGAUAUAGGUUGCGCAGCAACAUCGGUUAGAAACCUCACUCCUCGUAGCAACGAAGGACCUAAAUCAGCCUCCCUUGAAGAUUCUCUUGAUUGUCUCAGCUCAGAAAUGCCAGAUGACUUUUUUCUUUCUGCUAGUGACCCAUUUUAAAGGUAAAGUAGGACAGGAUAAAAAGUGUGUUCUGAUUUGUAUCAGAUAAUUUGCAGCUUUAGACUUUCUUGCCUUCUUGUGACAUAUUGUUCCCAGAGAACUGACUUAAUGAUAUUUUUAAAUGUGAAUCAGAAUAAGUGCUGUUGGUGAAAUAUAUAACACAGAACAUUGUAAUGAUUUUUUUUUUUUUUAAUUAUGGGUGGAUACUAUUUUACCAGUACUGGCUUAGUCAAAUAUUGUGAACUUUAUAAUGCAGGAACUAAAUGGACCUGUACUUGUUUUCCAAAGCUACUUUUAGUCUGUUUGUUGGUUUAGUCAGUAUUAAUUAAUAUCCAGGCAAACAAUGUGCAUUUUCUAUUUUUUAGAUUUUGUGUGUGUGUGUGUGUGUGUGUGUGUGUGUGUGUGUGUGUGUGCGUGCGUGCGUGCGUGCGUGCGUGCGUGCAUUCAUGUAUGUAUGUGUGUAUUUUGUGUCGUAUAUUUUACAAUUGUUAAGAAGACUUUGAUCAGUCCAGAAGCAUAUGUCAGUAUAUGUAGUUUUGGUGUGCUGUAACUCAAGUGAAGCUGUAAUUUAUUAAAAUGUGGGAGUGUGUUCUAAGUGUUUUUUUAUGCACUGUGCAGUAGAAUUAUGUCUGUGUUUGUUGGAGCUGGUGCUCAUUUGUCAGAGCUACCAGAAAGUAUGCCAGUCAGUAUAGAUCUGUUAUUGUUCUUAUUGUUGUUAUUGUUACAUUGUAGAUUGUGUUAGUAUUUAGUAUGAAACAUAAAUUUGAAGAAUAACAUCAGAGUAAAUUUUAUAUUGCAAUAGGUUUAAUAAAGGGAAAUUGCUAAGUGAAGCAUAUUGACCGGCCCAUUGUGAGUAUUGGUAAAUUGACAUUUUUAAAAAUGUUAGGAAUAUAUCGUAGUGCACUGUGUGUAGAAAUUUUCUGCUAACAAACAGUAUCCAAAAUGCCAACUAAAGGUAAUUUGUUGUGUAAAUUGUUUGAAAUUAUGUUGUAUACGUGUCAGUAGUGGCCUGCUAUUAAUCCCGACAUGGUACAGGCACAGUCUUCCUUAGUUGUUUACUGUUAUGAUAAUUGUUGUUUAUUUCAACUCUCUUGAGAUCAUGUUGCAUUUACUCACUGCCAUUUUAAAUUCACACACUUCUUAUCAUUGCACCACAACAAGGAAGUUCAUAAAUUUUUAUGUUAUUGUGAUUCCUCAAAACAGCUCACUACAAUUCAUAUUUUGUCUCAUUUUAUGGCCCAAAUGCUGUUGACAUUAGCAUCAUGCUUCCCAGAUUUGUCAUAGGAAGGCUUACUUUUUCAAAACAACAACUAUGACUUAUAUUCUCAAUAGUAAAAUUUGUCUUAAUAAUGAUGUACUCUGAACCCCUGUUGUCCUCAUUUCGUAAUAUAAUUUCCAUACACUUCACAUGUUAUUGCUGUGUCAAUGUGGAUUUAUUCUAGACUAUGCUUCAUCCAAAUUAAAACUUAACAUUUCAGUUAUUGAUAACCUCCCCUAGAUGAACACAUUUUUCCGAAGUCAAUUUGUAUUUAAAAAAUUGACUUUGUUUUUAAUGACACACUAUUCUAAUGACAGAGUUAUUUUAUAUUAAACUUCUAUCUUUCUCUAAGGGUGUCUUUUUGUAAAUAAAAUAUUAUGUUCCACCAAUUUAUGUGCUGUAUUUGACUUGUGCCAAGUUGCCCAUGAUUAAAAGAUAUUUGUAGCAUGGAUUGAAACAGCUGUGAUGUGAGGUAGAAACUCAAUAACUGCUGGUUUUCUAUGUUUAUUGGUUUCUCAACUCUCCUUUAUACCUACUAUAUAUUUCACUUACCUCCUUCUUUCCAAUUUGUGAAAGAAUAUUUGUGGGCAUAAUCAUCGUAUGUAUAUACAUGUUGAAAGCAUGGCGAAUGAUGAUAGUAGAAUAUUAUCUAGGUAAAAUUCUACCUUUAGCUUCAAAGUUCUCUCUCUUUCUGUUUGUCAGUUACUGUUGAGAGGCUACCCAAUGGCUGAGUUAUUUAGUAGCACAGCACUUGAUUUUAAAUGAUGUGUAAAUUUUCAUUUUACUUUAAAUAUGACCUGUAAGCAUCCUGUAUACAAAUGGAGGUAUCAGGUGGUUACUGCUGGUGCUGCUGCUACUGUUGUUGUUGUCAUUGUUAUUAUCAUUAUUGUCGUUGUUGUUGUUAUUAUUAGUAUAGUUGUUGCUGGUACUGCACAGUUUGCAUGCAGAAUUGAGUUGUGCUGUGUAGUUGCAAGUUUCUUCAUAUAUGAAUCACUGUCUGUAACAAGUAUUUCACUCUUCCCAGAUGACUUUAAAUACGGUAGUACUUUUAAACUGUGUCACAAAAAAUUUGUCAUAUUACUUCCUGAGUAAAAUUUUAUUUGUUUUUUGAAUUGUGUGCUAUGUCUUGUAAAGGAAGUUACUUCAUGACAUUCAGUCUUCAACUGACUUAAAUACUACAACUGACACAUGUACUCUACCUUGUUAGACUGCAGAUUAAUACUGAUUAUCUUUUUGGUUCCUUUUCACAGAAACUUGCAUUUUGUUUGUUGAUUCUUUGUUUGUUGUCCAAAAUUACAAGUCAUCAUAACCUUCAAAUUCAGCUUACCACUACAAGUAAAUAAUGUUCAGCCUUAAUGUUGGUUUUUAUCUGAUCUAGCUCUAAGCCAUUUACUUCGUGAAAACUCAAGUGCCACAAGGCUGAUAUUCUGAUUUUGUGGAAAAUUCAUCUUGUGCUCUUAUUUGUUCUCACCUGGACAUCACUUACAAAUUUAAACUUCAUACCCUUAUACUUGCUGCUCCCAAAAUAAAAUGAUUAUCUCCACCAUUUUUCUUACUGAGCAGUAGUAUUUCUUUGAGAGUACAUAUAUGAAACAAUAAAUGAAUUAAACUUUUUUUUAUUAUGUAGUCACACAUUGUAGUGGUUUUGGCAGUCGUUAUUUAAGCCAGUCUUGCUGUUUCAUUUGCAAAAUUGAAGAACAGUUUUGUUUGUAAUCUUAUGUAUCUUACUUUUAUUAGCUGAUUAACAGAACAGAAAAUUAAAAUCCUAGAAGAUGAACUAUAGUCCAAAGGCCUAAAGAGAGAUUGCCUCUUAUAACACACUGCUGACCGUAUACAAAUAAAAUAAAAAUAAAAAAAACACCUUAAGCAAAAGUAGAAAUACUGUCACAUACAACUGAGUUUUAGAAGUAAUCCAUACAGUGAUACUACUUUCAUGUUUGCUUUGCUCAUACAUACAACAACAACAACAACAACAACAACAACACACACACACACACACACACACACACACACACACACACACACACUGGAUAGCAGUAACUAUGACUGAUUGUUAAACAAAUUGGGAACAAGUAAAUUACUGAAGCCUUUAAAUCAUUGGCUGUUGCUACUUUCACUUCUGUGCAGAGGAGUGCAAAGUUUGUCUGGUGGCAUUUAUUUCAUUCCUGCAAAAUUUAAGAGAAAUGGAUUUAAAACUUUAAUAUUACCAAAAUGCACAAAUUAUUUGUAACAUUGAGAAGAUUGUAUAUAAGGCAGUGCAUGUGUAGAAACUGAUAUAAGGUGAGUUUCACUGAGAAAAAGUAAAAGCAUUGAUGUAAAUACAUUUGCACUGUUGUUCUGCCCUAAACUAUAGAAAUAGAGAAUAAAGAAUCCAGGAACCAGGUACAUUGCUAAAAAGUGAGUGUUAAUGUGGUCAGUCAUAUGCUUCAUCCAACAUUUAAGAGCAUCGAAAAGAUUGUUAUCUUUGGAGACCUUAUACAACUUGUGAGGUACUUCAUAGUUUCACAGUGCUGUUGUAGUCAAUUGUAAAAUGGAAGUUGUUAUGUAGAAAUUCCCACUUUCCAAUGAUCUUGUUUGUCUUGCCACAAGAGAAACAGAGAUUUGAAACCCACUGGAAUGAAAUGAAUGAAUGUAUGUAUGUAUGUAUGUAAACUAAAUACAAUGUAAAUUCCAUGUAACUAUUAAUAUCAUAGCUAAAAGCUUCAAAUAAACCUUUCUAGUAACGACGUCAUUUUAAUAAAAUCAGAGUAUAUUCAUAUGGUAUAAGUGAUCAUUACUGAAAACAGCCAUUCACAGAUACUUUGUGCAAGACAAAAGCCAGAAUUUUUCACGCAAACUGAUAACUUUACUUUACAGUUUUUAUAAGACCCCGCCCCUACCACUAAGUUCUAAAAUAAAGGAAGGUGUAAAGGCCACAAAAGCAAUAUCUGAUAGUAGAGCAUAAAUACUGAAUAAUUUGCUUUUAAUCUGAUUUUGUGGGACCAUUAUGCGACACGUGUGUCAAAAUGGCAUGAAAUUGGUGUUACACUAGCUUCAGUGCAGGUGGGGUUAAUGUAAAUGCCUUUUAUAUGUUAAUGUUAUAACUAUAAUGUUUAACUGCAGUAAUUUUAACACUGAGAAUUGUUGGUAAAUACUGCUAAUAGCCCUUCACAAUGUGUAUGAGAUACAUUUCUCUAUUAUUUGUGUCUCACAAGCUUGACAAUUUCACAUUUUUAGAAUGAUAAAUUUUAUAUUUGCACAGUAAUUGGUUUUCAUAGUUGUUGUGUGCUGUCUUCCAUUCAAUCAGACAUUAUUCACAUAAGCAGGAAACUCCUCUUGAAAUCUCAAAACUUUUUUAUGCUUUUUUUCCUCACAGUGUCAUUGAUGAAACUAAAUUUUGAUAGUAGGAAGCAGUGGGCAUUUUUGAAACUUGAGUGUACUCGAGUAAGAUUUCGACUGUAACUAUAGUUCUUGUUAUCAUGCUUGUUGAUAGGUGUGUGUUAUUCUGCUGGUUUAUCCUCAUGAUCAAAAUUAUACACAAAAUUGAAGGUUUUCAAUAUGGUUAUUAUAGUUGUAAAGAAAACCUAUCUGCCUAAUACAUUCAGAUACUGUAAUCUUGAAAACUGAUGAUCUAAGAUUGUAAUGAUUCAAUAUACUAACUGUGAAAGAGAUUAUAUAGGCUAAGAAUUUUCUGAUAUUAUUUCUCUGAAAGGGUAAUUAUAUAAAAGCCAAUUGUAGCCAUUUGCAAACAUGUUGAACAUGUACCUGUUUCUUUUGUGAAUUUUCUUUCUGUGUUAUACCUACUUAUAUUUUCUAUGGUCAAUAAGUAAUUGAUUAAUAAUAAUAACUGUUGCAUAUUGUAAAAGCUGUAUGCCAUCAGUGUCAUGUUAACCCUUUCAUGCAAUAAAUUUAAAAAUCAAUUGCAGUUAUCAUA